CUGAGCUACAAAAGAAUCAUAUAUAAAUCGUUCGAUUGCAGCUAGUUCUCACUUCUCAUCAAACUCGGAAAUCAUGGCUAACCCUUCGUCGCCGGCGAUUCCCCAAGCGAUGACGGCACCGGUGGUCGGAGCCGUAUCCAUCUCCGGCCGGUCACGAGAGAUGGAGGAUGCGCUUUGCGUUCGUCCCAACCUUUGCAGCCCGGAGAUCAACCGCCGCCGUCCUCUCCAUUACUUCGCUGUUUUCGACGGACAUGGCGGUGCUCAAGUGUCCUCCCUGUGUAGGGAGCGUAUGCACACGUUACUGGAGGAAGAACUGGUGCGCGUCAGGGACAGUUUCCGUGCGGCGGCGGAAACGCCGCAGGCGACGGCGGAGGCAGCGCUGAAAGAUGCAUGGGUGACGGCGAUGAAGAACUGCUUCCAAAGGAUGGAUAUGAUAGUGGGGAACUGCUGUCGGUGUUGGGGCACGGCGAACCAAUCCAGCUGCAGUCAUAAGAAGGCGGGACUCAUCGGCUCCACGGCGGCGGUGGUGGUUCUGACGGAUGAACACAUCGUCGUGGCUAAUUGCGGAGACUCACGCGCCGUCCUCAGCCGUCGUGGGAGAGCGCUUCCCCUGUCGGUUGAUCACAAGCCCAAUCGACCAGAUGAAUUAGCAAGGAUUGAGGCAUUAGGAGGUAGAGUAAUUUACUCCCAUGGUGCUCGAGUGGAAGGAAUUCUUGCAAUGUCUCGUGCCAUAGGAGAUAGGUUUUUGAGGCCAUUUGUUAUACCUGAGCCGGAAGUUACCUUAACGAGAAGAGGGCCAGAAGAUGAGUUUUUGGUCUUGGGGAGCGAUGGUUUGUGGGAUGUUAUGCCGAACGAGAUGGUGUGUGAUGUCGCUAGAGAAUGUUUGAGAGAAAACAUCCCUCCGGCGGAGUGGGCAAAUGACGAGGAAGCGAGUUCAACGUUGUUCCCCUCCCAAAGUGCAUCGGCAGCAACGUUGCUCACUCGCCUGGCUGUUGGACGUAAUAGCCGAGACAAUAUUACUGUUAUAGUUGUUGACUUAAAGAGAAAUGAAAAAAUUAAUUAG